UCAGAGAGCCGCGCCUCCGCCCCUCGCCGGCGCCCUAUAUGUGGGCCGCCGCGGGCGCCGGGGCAUGGGGCGAGCCGUUCCUCCGCGGCGAUGGCGCUGGCGCUGGCGCAGGAGCCCCCGCUGGACGCGCUCGCCUACCUGGAGUGCCUGCUGGCGCUGCUGGGCUUCGCGGCGCUCUCGCUCGUGGGCCCGCCCUACGGCCGCUACUCCUCGGCCAGCUCCGGGCCCCGGGUGCCGGCCAGGGCCGCCUGGGCCGUGCAGGAGCUGCCCUCGCUGGCCGUGCCGCUGUACCAGUGCGCCCGCGCGUCGCCCGAGCGCCUCCGCUGCGCGCCCAACCGCGUCCUGCUGGCCAUGUUCCUCGCCCACUACACGCAGCGGUCGUUGAUUUUCCCAUUUCUGAUUCGGGGAGGAAAACCGACGCCGCUGUACUCCUGUGUGAUAGCAUUUUUUUUCUGCACCUACAACGGCUACUUGCAAAGCAGAUACUUGAGCCAAUAUGCAGUGUACACCGAUGACUGGGUGUCAGACCCCCGCUUUCUAAUAGGUUUUGUCUUGUGGUUAAUAGGCAUGCUGAUAAACAUCCAUUCAGAUCAUAUCCUAAGGAAUCUCAGAAAACCAGGGGAGACUGGAUACAAAAUACCCAAGGGGGGAUUAUUUGAAUACGUAACUGCAGCCAACUAUUUUGGAGAAAUCGUGGAGUGGGGCGGCUACGCGCUCGCCAGCUGGUCUCUGCCCGGGGGGGCCUUCGCUCUGUUCACAUUCUGCAUUUUACUGCCCAUAGCAAAGCAGCAUCACCGUGAGAACGCUCCGGCCUAGCAAAUGUUCUUCCUGACACGAUGCGGGGCCCGGCCCUGCCGCCCGGCACUUUGGGAGGAGCGGUCCCAUUGUCCCCGACCCGUCCUGUCUCACGUCUCUGCCUGCCGUCCUGUCUGUGCCGGUCCUAAGCUCUCCUGCUGUCGUUUGCUCCGGCCUGGCUUCCUCGGGGCCAGCGCGUCCGUCUUCCCUGGGCAGUUUCAGGGACAGAGCAGCUCACCUCCCAACUCCUUCGGGGGUGCCCAGCGCCGCCAGCUCACGGGGAAGCUCUCGGGAACUUGCAGGUGAUGGAUGGGCCAGGCCCCCAGCAGGCCGUGAACACUUCCAGUGACGAACAGGCAAAAACGUCUGUGACGCACCUUCACGCCAGUCACUUGGGCUGUGAGCCGUCAGUCCCUGGUCAUCUCCAUGCGUAUCACUGAGCCACGGGGCUGUCACUGGGCCUUGGGCCAGGGGAGGUGACGCCUGACCCAGAGGUCCUGAAUUGUUACUGCUUGCCUUUUGGGGUCCACAGAGCCGCAUGUGAAAGCGAACCUGGCACUCCAGUAUUUUCUGAUUCUCUACCUGAGGAUUACGGUGUUAAACGUGCCUGAGAACAGCAGGGUUUUGCUGACUCACCUUCAGUUUGUUGUCUUCAUGCAUUUCUGCCAUAUUAACAAGCCACUAAUUGCUUUCUGUCACGAUUUUUAGCCUGUUUAACAUUUUUUAUGCUUAUAGAAACCCCAUUUUUCUAUUUCUCCAUCUCUUCAAAUUGGUUUUCAUUUUUACUUCAUCCACUUAGCUGCCCCCCUUCCCAGGUGGCUGUUGCCCCAAAGCGAGAGAGAGUGCCUCCGUUGAUGGAAUUUGUGUCAAAACUGGAGAUCCUGUUUGUUGUGAGCUCAGGGCUAAAUCACAGAUGACGCCAUACUGCAUUUUUCCGGGUUUUCCUGAAUCCUUAUUAAUCCCUGUUUGAGAGCCCUGGACACGUGGCCGGGGGCCCCCUCUGCAGACCCUGGGUGGGGCCGGCUCUCCACUGGGGCCUGGGGAAAAUUGUUGGCCACCAGAAGAUACGCAAGAAACAGCGGGUGGUCCUGCCCUCCCUCGGGUCCGCACGCCCACCAGGGUCAGGGGAAGGUCGCUCCAAAGUGUGGGCAUCAGCGUUUCACAGAUGUCUGUGAUUUCCCUUCCUGACAGAAAGAUGGGUUGCAUGGGGGACUUCUUCUGAAUCAUACUUUAGGAUGAGAUAUAUUUAACUGUUUAUGAUAUAGAUAAAAUUAAACUAUAGGAAGCGCCAAAGUUUUUAAUUACUACUUUUUAAAAGAACUCGGUACUCUCUAAUUAUGAAAGAUAUUGUCACUUCCGUUAGCAUUUGUUAAAUGGCUAAGUAACGAAACUAUUCCUUUUUUAAUUUUUUUUUUUCUUA